AAGCACUCGGGGCAGAAGUUACUCGCAGGCGGCAGGAGGGAGCCGGACAUCCAGGCCUGCGCGCGGGCGUGCGGGAGCCGGGCACGGAGAAUCGGGCUGAGAGCGAGGAGCGCGGCAUGGAGCAUCUGGCGCCCCGCGCCUGCCUCGCCCUGCUGUGGGGCUGCCUGCUGGCCGCGGCUGCCGCGGCGCAGGGCAAGGAAGUCGUCCUGUUGGACUUUGCUGCAGCUAAAGGGGAACUCGGCUGGCUCACACACCCAUAUGGCAAAGGGUGGGACCUCAUGCAGAACAUCAUGGACGACAUGCCCAUCUACAUGUACUCCGUGUGCAACGUGGUGGCCGGCGACCAGGACAACUGGCUCCGCACCAACUGGGUAUACCGCGGUGAGGCCGAGCGCAUCUUCAUCGAGCUCAAGUUCACCGUGCGUGACUGCAAUAGCUUCCCUGGGGGCGCCAGCUCCUGCAAGGAAACCUUCAACCUCUACUACGCCGAGUCUGACGUGGACUAUGGCACCAACUUCCAGAAGCGCCAGUUCACCAAGAUCGACACUAUCGCGCCCGACGAGAUCACGGUCAGCAGCGACUUCGAAGCACGCCACGUGAAACUGAACGUGGAGGAACGCUCCGUGGGGCCGCUCAGCCGCAAGGGCUUCUACCUGGCCUUUCAGGACAUUGGUGCCUGCGUGGCGUUGCUCUCUGUCCGCGUCUACUACAAGAAGUGUCCCGAGCUGCUGCAGGGGCUGGCCCACUUCCCCGAGACCAUCGCGGGCUCCGACGCGCCCUCCCUGGCCACCGUGGCUGGCACCUGCGUGGACCACGCUGUGGUGCCGCCCGGGGGUGAAGAGCCCCGCAUGCACUGUGCAGUGGAUGGCGAGUGGCUGGUGCCCAUCGGCCAGUGCCUGUGCCAAGCAGGCUACGAGAAGGUGGAGGACGCCUGCCAGGCCUGCUCGCCGGGAUUCUUCAAGUCCGAGGCAUCCGACAGCCCCUGUCUGGAGUGCCCCCCACACACCCUGCCAUCCUCCGAGGGGGCCACCGCCUGCGAGUGUGAGGAAGGCUACUUCCGGGCCCCUCAGGACCCACUGUCACUGCCCUGCACACGCCCGCCCUCUGCCCCGCACUACCUCACGGCUGUGGGCAUGGGCGCCAAAGUGGAGCUGCGCUGGACGCCCCCCCAGGACAACGGGGGCCGCGAGGACAUCACCUACAGUGUCACCUGUGAGCAGUGCUGGCCCGAGUCAGGCGAGUGCGGGCCCUGCGAGGCCAGCGUGCGCUACUCGGAGCCACCGCACGGGCUGACCCGCACCAGCGUGACGGUCAGUGACCUGGAGCCCCACAUGAACUACACCUUUGCCGUAGAGGCCCGCAACGGUGUCUCGGGCCUGGUGACCAGCCGCAGCUUCCUCACUGCCAGCGUCAGCAUCAACCAGACGGAGCCCCCCAAGGUGAGGCUGGAGGACCGCAGCGCCACCUCGCUGAGUGUCUCUUGGAGCAUCCCUCCACCGCAGCAGAGCCGCGUGUGGAAGUACGAGGUCACCUACCGCAAGAAGGGGGACUCCAACAGCUACAACGUGCGCCGCACUGAAGACUUCUCCGUGACCCUGGAUGACCUGGCUCCGGACACCAUCUACCUGGUCCAAGUGCAGGCGCUGACGCAGGAGGGCCAGGGUGCUGGCAGCAAGGUGCACGAGUUCCAGACACUGUCCACGGAAGAAUCUAGCAACAUGGCAGUGAUUGGUGGUUUGGCCGUUGGUGUGGUCUUGCUUCUGGUGCUGGCAGGAAUUGGCUUCUUCAUCCACCGCAGGAGGAAGAGCCUGCGGACGCGCCAGUCCUCGGAAGACGUUUACUUUUCCAAGUCAGAACAACUGAAGCCCCUGAAGACAUACGUGGACCCACACACAUACGAGGACCCCAACCAGGCUGUGCUCAAGUUCACCACCGAGAUCCAUCCGUCCUGUGUCACACGGCAGAAGGUGAUCGGAGCAGGAGAGUUUGGGGAGGUGUACAAGGGCACGCUGAAGGUGUCGGGCAAGAAGGAGGUACCCGUGGCCAUCAAGACGCUGAAAGCCGGCUACACGGAGAAGCAGCGGGUGGACUUUCUGAGCGAGGCCAGCAUUAUGGGCCAGUUCAGCCACCACAACAUCAUCCGCCUGGAGGGCGUCGUCUCCAAGUGUGAGGCCCGGCUCCAGGGCGGGGUGUGGGAGACCCACGUGGGGAGUGGGGGAGGGGCUGCCCCCGGGGCCUCUGAUACGGCCUCUGUUCAUAGCUGUGCCCAGCCCAGCCCCGCCUGUGCCUCUCCCUCCACCGCGGCCUCCCUCACACCUGUGCUCACCCCUGCAGACAAGCCCAUGAUGAUCAUCACCGAAUACAUGGAGAACGGGGCUCUGGACAAGUUCCUUCGGGAGAAGGAUGGCGAGUUCAGCGUCCUGCAGCUGGUGGGCAUGCUGCGGGGCAUCGCGGCCGGCAUGAAGUACCUGGCCAACAUGAACUACGUCCACCGCGACCUGGCUGCCCGCAACAUCCUCGUCAACAGCAACCUGGUCUGCAAGGUGUCUGACUUCGGCCUGUCCCGUGUGCUGGAGGACGACCCCGAGGCCACCUACACCACCAGUGGUGGCAAGAUCCCGAUCCGCUGGACGGCUCCGGAGGCCAUCUCCUACCGCAAGUUCACCUCCGCCAGCGACGUGUGGAGCUACGGCAUCGUCAUGUGGGAGGUGAUGACGUACGGCGAGCGGCCCUACUGGGAGCUGUCGAACCACGAGGUGAUGAAGGCCAUUAAUGAUGGCUUCCGGCUUCCCACACCCAUGGACUGCCCCUCCGCCAUCUACCAGCUCAUGAUGCAGUGCUGGCAGCAGGAACGCGCCCGCCGCCCCAAGUUCGCCGACAUUGUCAGCAUCCUGGACAAGCUCAUCCGAGCCCCCGAGUCCCUCAAGACCCUGGCUGACUUUGACCCCCGGGUGUCCAUCCGGCUGCCCAGCACCAGCGGCUCAGAGGGUGUGCCCUUCCGCACGGUGUCCGAGUGGCUGGAAUCCAUCAAGAUGCAGCAGUACGCUGAGCACUUCCUGGCGGCCGGCUACACGGCCAUCGAGAAGGUGGUGCAGAUGACCAACGAGUGAGUCUGGGCUCGGGCCCCGCCCGCGCCUGCCCUCUCCCGCCUCCUGCCUCCCCAGGCUGCCUCUGGCUCCACCACCCAUCUGCUCUUCUCUCUACCUUCCCAACGCUCACCUCUCUUCUCUU